ACAAAGCGUAAAGACCACCAAAACCUUUUGCCCUUCUCUCUCUUCUCAAAUUCUCAACCAUUAUUUUUUUUUCUCUCACUAAAGUUCUCCACUCUCUCUCUCUUUCUCUCUCCAUGGACCCAACAUCUUAUCCACCGCCGGCCGCGGCGGCAGAACCACCAGCCUACAUAGCUCCCGCUGCCAACCCCACUCCCCUCCACGCUCCCAUCAACCAUCCCCCUUACGCCGAGAUGAUAACAGAGGCGAUAACAGCGUUGAAAGAGAAGGAUGGAUCGAGUAGGCAAGCCAUAGCAAAGUACAUAGAGAAGGCCUACUCGAACCUACCAGCGACCCACUCGACCUUGUUGACUCACCAACUCAAGCGAUUGAAGAACACGGGUCAACUCGUCAUGGUCAAGCACUCUUACAUGCUUCCCAGAUCUGUUCCUCAUCCUCUUCUCUCUCCUCCUCCUCCUCCUCCUCCUGCCGAUGAUGAUACUGGUAAUGUAAAUGAAAAUGCUUUGUCUUCUGGGCCCAAGAGAGGGCCCGGUCGUCCACCCAAGCCCAAGAUACUGGCCCAGCCCAGUAAUUCUGGUGUGGGCCGGAUGUUGGUUUCUUUGGGCCUUGUUGAUGGGUCUACACCGAUGGCUAGGAGAGGCCCGGGUAGACCACCUAAGUCUGCGAAGACCGAAUUGGGUAAUAGGGCCCGUGGGAGGCCUCCCAGGCCCAAGUCCUUGUCCCUUUUGAUGGGUCAGGGUGGGCUCAAGAGGAGGCCUGGGCGCCCACCCAAAACUGGGCCCAUUGGGCUGGGCAGGCCACGCGGCCGCCCGCCGAAGAAUGUCAGCGCCGCCGCGGCUGUUGGUGGUGGUGAUGUGGUGGCUGUUGGUGGUGGAGUGGUGCCGGGGGAGCAGCGGGGGCGGCGGCCUAGAGCUGAUGGGCUGAGAAAAGUUAAUGUUGGAGUGUUGCCCGGGAAGCGGCGGGGCCGGCGACCCAUAGCUGAUGGGGUUAAGAUGCCUAGACAACUAACCGGAAAACCUUUGGGCCGGCCCAGGAAGAAUUCAUCAAUUACCGGGAUUCAAGCAGCUGCAACUCAACAGUCAGUGCCAUAUGAAGAUCUCAAGAACAAAGUUGAACAUUUUCAAUCUAGAAUCAAACACACGGUCAAUAUGGUGAAACCCUACGUGAACAGUGAAGCUGCAUUUGGGGCAUUGCAAGAGUUGGAAGAACUUGCAGCUAUGGAUUUGAACGCACCAUUAGAUGUUCCAGUCCAAGGUCAAGUGCAGGAACCUUUCCUCCAGAAUUUAUAGCAAAUUUUUAACCGAGAACCACCAGGGCUGCAAACAAUUUUUUAGAAUAUUGCUUCGUUUUGGGACAAGGACGUGCUUGUGAGAGUGUAUGUGGAGUGGAGUGCAGUGCAGUGCAGUGAAAAGCUAAAUGUGAGUGAUGAUGAAGAUGAUAAUGGAAUGUGGUUUUUGUACAACUUUUCAAGGGUUGCAUGAAUUGGUAAUUUGUUUUUGUAAGUGCCCAGAAAUCAUAUUUUGUGUCUUGUGCUAAUAUAUGAUAUAUCCAUAUACUGGCCCAUUAUUGGAAGUUGAUAUGGGGUUUACCUUACGACUUUGUUAGGAUAUAUAUAUAUAUAUAUAUAUUUGUAGUCCUAAAGUGUAAGUUUUGUAUCAUUUUGAUUUCUAAUUUUUAUUUUGUGUUAA